CUGCGUAUGGGGCGUCACUUAGCUAUACGUUUAAAAAUUAACACGACAUCCAGACGCCCCUUUGGAUCCGCCAGUGUGCUUACCAACGUGGGAAGAUAUCUUAUUCAAUGAAGUGCCACAUCGUGAAAGCUGCGCUCCCGUUCGUUGCACUGUGUGUCUUACUUUGUAUCUCUCUUCGAAAGUGCAUCCGUACCAGUGUCUCAUCCGCAUCACCUAUCUUGGACUGGCUGGCUGCUGGAUUUCUUGGUGCCGGCUUUCAUAGCUCACGUUUGCACAAACGUCUGUUUCUCGUAUAUUGACGGCAUAACGCACUACCGAACCCUUCUCAUUGCAGACUAGCUCACGACAUGGAUCCGCCAUCCACUCUGGUCAUGGAAAAUGGAAUCCAUUCCCUGGAUUCUGCGCGACUUUUGCUCAUGGCAGAGAGGUUGAAUGACAAUCUUAGAUCCGGUGGCGUGGACCUUCAAGCAUCCUGCAGCGACGUCCCCGGCAAGACCAAGUGCUGGUUGAGGUUGCACUUGCCUGCUGUGAACGAAGUUCUAUGGAAAGUCUCCACGCAGCUUGUCGAACAUGCACCUGGUGCGUUGACACUCUCCCACAUUGAACGCGACGAUGUAGACACAGUGCGUACGGACACAUCCUUCAUGAACGGCGCCAUCCUGUUGUACAGUUUGCUGGAGCGCCACGUGUGCAUCAAGCGACUUAUUCUGGACACAAUGGCUUUUCCAUUGUGGCACUUUCCUUCAUUGCUUGGCAACGCACUGCGUGCCAACCGUGGUAUCGUAGAGGUUGAAGAACGCCCAGUCGACAUGACCAAGUUAUGGCGAGAAAUGCGCCAGUGCCGGGCUCUGUCCUGCGCCCUCGGUGAUAUGUCGCCUCGGCUAAGCUGCUUGGAUGCCUCGUCGCUCAAGCUUGACCGCAUCUCAGCAGAGUGCCUCGCCAAUGGGAUUACGAAGAGCAAUCUGCGGCGCCUGCGCCUCUACAACGAAAUGUCGGCCAGUAUGACAAGGAAACUGAUGUCUGUCGUCAUCUCCUGUCAAAGCCUCACUUCUCUCGAGUUCGCCGAUCUAAAGCAGUUCUCACGGUCCAGCGCGAUCGCUCUUGCGAGUGCCUUGAAAUGCAACAGGACGCUGCGGAAACUGCGUGCGAGCUUCAUGGCAGAUGGUGUGAUCGGUAUCAUCCUCGCAUCACUCAAGCACAACGAAACACUAGAGGAGCUGUCACUCGACUAUUCAGUUGACCUUUCGCGUUCCACAUUGUGGGACGGCCUUCAAGCACUUCGCGAGAACAGGGUGCUCAAACGCCUCGAACUCACGGGAGCCUACUUUUCCAACAGCUGCGCAAUAGUUAUUGCCGAAGUUCUCCGGUGUAACUAUACAAUCGAAGCCCUUUCGCUUUCUUCGAACUGUAUCAGCGAUCUUGGGGCACGAGUGUUGGCUAAGACCCUUCAGGAGAGCUCUUCUUUAAAGAGUCUUGACAUUUCCAACUGCCUACUAACCAGCGACGUUGUGUCAAAGUUUGUGGAAGCGGUUUCUAGAAAUAGUGCGAUUGAGCUUGUGCGCCUCGGACACAUCGACAUUCCCGAAGAUUGGAUACCCGCGUUGCCUGUCACAGAAGACGUGUGCACUCGCUUGCAAGUUUCGUGGAACACCCAAGUACUUCAGCAGUGGGCGGCGUGUAAGGCCUUCCGCUCCUCCAAAGCCUGGAUUGGCUGGACGAAAGAUUCCAGUUGUUCUGGCAUUGUGCAGUGGUUUUCCGCUGCUCGAGUGAACGGUUCAUUGCUCGUGGAACUGGUCAUAGAAUACCCUUGCCGUGUGUGCCGAAAGCACUCAAGUGGUCGUCUCUUUUAUAGAAACAACACAUUCCCUCAAAAAGCUCAUCUUGCGUCCCUUCCAGUACAACUAUAUCUUUUCAACUGCGGUUUUAAACAGUCUAGCCCGUAAUAAGAGUGUAUGCGAGGCCGAAUUAGACCAGAUACUCCGCGCCCACCUGGACGUCAAGGCUCUUGAAGCGCUGCUGCUCGCCAACCGAACCUUACACCGUCUCAAGUUCAGGUACGACAGUCUCCCCAGCAAGGCACCCGCUAUGCUGGCCCGUGCUCUGGAGGACAACUUCGUGUUCCUGACGCUGGAAUUCGAAUACCAGCAUGCGCAGUACGAUAUGCACCCAGUAAUGAGAGUCCUGAACAGGAACCGAUCGCUUCUGAACAGAGCAGUCGAAUGCGUCUUGGACAUUGCUAGAGACGAGCACUCAACACGAGCCCUUCGUCUUCUGUCUAACAGCGAAUCACUUCUGGACGCUGUCGGCACGGCUUCG